CUUUUUUAAUCGCGCGGGUGAUCGCGAGUUGUUGACCGGCAGCCUGGUGCGAGCAUGCACGCACGUGCGCUCAAAGGCUGCACACACACACUGAGAGGAAAGGCUGGGACACGGGUGACAAGAAAAGUCAGGGGUAAAAAGUACCUGUACAGGAGUGAACAAGAAAAAUAUAGAAUGGUUUACGUUUCAUCAAACAUAAACAAAGAAAGUGACACAGGCGGACAGAGACGGAUAAAUAGCCGAGGGAGAGAGAGGAAAGGAGAGAGAGAGCCAGAGGGAGAGAGAGGAGGGGUUAUCCAGCCUCUGCCUCUUCACCCGACAGUGCCCCGCACUCUCACUUAAGCCGCCACACAGCGCCGGCCGGGAAAUAACCUGAAAUACUUUUGAUUAAAAAGAAUCCUCCGGGUGACCUCCGGUGUGACUCAGCGCAACUUCUGACGACGACGCCGAAGUGUCCCGGUGUACUUUCUGAUCCUCGGCGGAGCGCAAACACGGAGUUACCAAAGUCCGCGACAGGCUCCAGCGAUGGUGACUUUACGCACGGGAUUUGGAAGCUGUUUGCACUGACUCCUGUUCUCGCCGCCGAAAACUCUGUCAGCGUCGCUCCCCCCAAAGAGUCGUCAAGUUUGCAAGAAGCAUACAGCGCAUGACGAACGACUGAAUCCAGGUGAUGUUCAUGAAUUUUAAAGUGCAUCCUUAAGUGUGAAGAGGGUGUUGGAGCUGAAGCCUCUUAUUUCUAAUGAUGUCUUCCAUGCGAGCAACGCCUCCCUUUCAUCCACCGCCCGAGGAAGCAGAAGUGAUUGGUCAGGACAGUGCAGGCUGGGUUGGUGAUGAGCACGACGGCCCAAAGGAGACGGUGUCGCCUUCUUUGCAUGACCAGUCCCACCCAGAUGAACUGCAGCCAAUCAGAGAGAAACCAACAGACGCUGAGUGGGAGAGUGUCAGUCCUGCUGUGAUGGACAAUGAAAGCAGUAAAGGUGGCUCAGUCUACUCUUACCGGACUACCUCUACCUCUCCAACCAAGCCAGAGGAGUGUCCAAGGGAUCGCGGGGAGCCUGUGAUUGGCCUCGCCUUUGGGACGCCAGAGCGCCGCAAAGGGAGCCUGGCAGACGUGGUGGACACACUGAAACAGAAGAAGCUCGUGGAGCUGACCAAGACAGAGCAAGACGAACCCUCUUGCAUGGAAAGACUCCUCUCUAAAGACUGGAAGGAGCGCGUGGAUCGCUUGAACGCCACUGAAUUCUUGGGGGAGGUUAAAGGUACGCCAGAGUCGCUGGAAGAGAAGGAGCGCCAGCUUUCCACCAUGAUCGGUCAGUUGAUCAGCCUGAGGGAGCAGCUUCUUGCCGCCCAUGAUGAGCAAAAAAAGAUGGCCGCCUCGCAGCUGGAGAAGCAGAGACAACAGAUGGAGCUGGCCAGGCAGCAGCAGGAGCAGAUUGCCAGACAGCAGCAGCAGCUGUUGCAGCAGCAGCACAAGAUAAACAUUCUUCAGCAACAGAUCCAGGUCCAGGGUCAUAUGCCUCCUCUGAUGAUACCAGUGUUUCCUCACGACCAGCGGUCUCUGGCUGCAGCUGCCGCAGCACAGCAAGGCUUCCUUUUCCCACCAGGCAUGUCCUAUAAGCCAGAGUUUUCACCUUUUGCACACCAACCCAACAAUAUAGACAUAAGGGCGACGCACUCAGAAAAAUCACGUGAGAAUUACCCAAUGCAGUUCAUUCCAUCUGCAAUGGCAGCUGCAGCAGCGACUGGACUCAGCCCGUUACAACUACAGCAGCUGUAUGCCGCCCAGCUGGCAAGCAUGCAGAUCUCACCAGGAGCCAAGAUGGCUCCCCUCCCACAAGCUCCCAACUCCUCCAGUCCUCUUUCUCCCUCCACCCUCAAGAGCGAGAAGCGAGCAUCCAGCCCUGUCUCUCAGAUUAAGGAGGAAGGAUCCACACAGCCACUGAACCUCUCAGCUAGACCCAAGACAGCUGAACCUCUUCGCUCCCCGACAUCCCCAACACAGAGUCUGUUCUCUGGAAACAAGACCAGCCCCACAGGCAUGGGCAAAGGCCGCAUCCCCAGCCCAAUUCCCAGCAUGGGCCGGAACACCUCCCUGGACAUAUUGUCCAGUCUCAACUCCACAGCACUGUUUGGGGACCAGGAUGCAGUGAUGAAGGCCAUCCAAGAGGCCAGGAGCAUGAGGGAGCAGAUCCAGAGGGAGCAGCUCCACCAACAGCAGCAGCAGCCAGGACACCAGAGUCUGGAAGCAAAGCUAUCUGCCCUCAGCAGCAUGAACCUCAACAACGGCAACAAGGAGCGGCUGCACUAUGAGACACUGAGCCAGCACCUGGGGAAGCUCGGAGAGGAUGCUGGGAAGAUGGUUCAUCGAGUCAUUGACCUGACAAGACCAGAAGAUUUAGAUGGGAGUAACAUCGCAGAGGCACGGGUGUUCAGAGAGGCACGAGGCAGGAACAACAGCGAGCCCCACAUUAAGAGGCCCAUGAACGCCUUCAUGGUGUGGGCCAAAGAUGAGAGGAGGAAGAUCCUGCAGACCUUCCCUGACAUGCACAACUCCAACAUCAGCAAGAUCCUUGGCUCUCGCUGGAAAGCCAUGACAAACCAGGAAAAGCAGCCAUAUUACGAGGAGCAGGCCCGCUUAAGCAAGAUCCACUUGGAGAAAUAUCCCAACUACAAGUACAAGCCACGGCCCAAGAGAACCUGCAUCAUUGAUGGCAAGAAGCUACGCAUCGGGGAGUACAAGCAGAUGAUGCGUUCACGACGUCAGGAAAUGAGGCAGUUCUUUGUGGGGCCUCAGCCACCCAUUUCUCUGGGCAACAGUCCUGGAAGUGUAGGAGUUUACCCGGGUGCCAUAAGUAUGGCAACAGCAGCUACACCAUCCCCACAUCUGACCUCAGACUGCUCCAGCAACUCGGCCAGUCCUGAUCCUGCCAUCCCCGUCAUUCAGAGCACGUACGGUGUAAAGUCUGAGCCUGGCAGUGGAGGAGGCAGCAAUGGCAGUGUGAUCGGAGCCUUGGAUCUGCCCAGCGACCCCAAUAAUGGAGACAAUGACAUGGACAUGUAUGAGGACUUUGAGGAUGAGCCCAAGUCAGACUAUAGCAGCGACCACGAGACACAUGAGGCUGUCAGUGCCAACUGAGUAAGCUCAGGGUGUCAGAUGUAAAAAAAAGAGAACAACUCCCAUUAUAGUCAGAGACAUUUCUUAAAAAGACAUUUUAUUACUGAGACCUUCAGUUUAACUUUUCAGGACAUGUUGCGUCAUGCACCGAGCAUGCCCCAACAGGAUUUCAAAUCAGCUCAGACAUGCUCAGAAAGUUCUGGGAUAGUAUCUUUGAUGGACGCCCAUUUGAAGAAAUGGAAAAACGAAGGAAUAGGAAAAACGUGACCCAAGAACACAGUCUGAUCAAUCUUCAGAUGUCCAGCUGACAGUGAACUUCAGUUUCCUCUACUUUGACAAUCUUAACAGGAGCGAGAGAAAAAAAGAGUUAGACAACAGAGGAUGAGAGAGAAUGGGACAAAGAACAAACGAGCGACGAACACAUUGCUGUGUAGUUUGUGAAAGAGCAUGCAUGGAUGUCGAAGAAUUAGGAAUCGGUCUUCAACAGCUAUUUGGUCUUAAAUGUUUAAGGAGUGAUUUAGUUUUCAUUGUUAUGUAUUUACUUUUCGGCUUUUUUUUCCUUUUUUGUUCUAUAGACUUCUUUUCUGACAGGUCACUGCCUGUACAAACUCUAGACUGUCGGAACUUGAAAUUUGGAAAGUUUUUAAUAUAAAUCCUAGCUCUUGUAACCUUAUAGUCUUACUUUUGUUUCUUACGAUUUCUUUGCUACACACUUUUUUUUCUGACAAACUGCUUACCUUACAUUACUGUUUCUUUUUUUUAAAUAUCCCAGCUCAGGUAUGAUGUGCCAGCUUGUGAAUGUGUUAUUUGUUUUGUUUGUUUUCAUACAAAAAGAGUGGUAGGACUUUUCAGACUGUCAAUGAAAUAAAGGGAGCAAAUUCCCUUACAUUAUUAUUAUUAUUAUUA